GAUGCAUAGUACAGUAAUAUUUUCGAUAUUAAUGAAGUAAGCGAUGAAAUUUAGCAAUUGCAAAGAAAGUAAUGGACACAUAAACGUUAUUAUCGUUAAACAAGUCACAAGUAUAAUUACAAUAAUUUAGAUUUGAAUUUUGAAAAUAAUAUCGUGAUAAAUAUUGUAUUUAGAUAUAAUGUAUAAUCCUUUUUAUAAAUGUUGUAUAAUACUUUACAACAUUGUGAGGCAAUUAAACGAAAUUUUUCUGUUUAUUGAUCCGGAAAGUUACUAAAAAAUUGUUAUAUGUGGAUCAGCAUUUAACAUCUAAUUUGAUUGGUUACUGAAAACAACAUGGAAAAACAUGUGAUAAAUUGUAAUGUUUAACAUUACAUAUAAAAUAAAUAUAUUUAAUACAAUUCUAAAGAUUUGAAAAGUUGAUUAUUUUAGAAAAAUGAUAGACCUAAUUUUAUCAAGAAACAAUGUCUUUAUAUGGAGUGCAGAAGACUGGUUGAAGCUUAGAAAGGAUUAUCGAAUAAUUGGAGAACUUAUAGGUUGUCUUCCAAAGAAACCUAGGCAAGAUAUAUUUUUGGGUCUUCCAUUACUCUUACAACCAGAAGAAGUAUCUCUUUUGCUUGAAAAGAAUAUUGCACGUCUUGUGCGAUAUUCAUGUCUUCAAAAACCACCAUCCAAUUCUCUAAAACAAGCUUUUGAAGAAUAUAGGAAUACAUUAUAUGUAGAACAAGAAAAAUGUUUAAAGAAAGAAAGACAAAAACAGAUAAUUGGUAUGAUGGACAAAAUUAUAGAAGGGAAAAAGCGAAAAAUGCUUGGGAUAGAUACAAGGAAGAAAAAAGUAAUAAAAUCAUUAGAUCCAAAAGUACAAGCAGCAUUUAAUAAUAUUGAAAUAAAUAGACAAGAUUUAUUAAAGGAAGAAAUGGCAAAAUUACCCAAAUUAGACAAAACUGAAGCUUUAAUUCAAACCCAUACAGCGUAUCCAUGGACAGAUGAAAAUGAUAUAGAAAUAAUAGAAUGGAAGUAUCCUUCAAAUGACAAACAACAACUUCGAUAUAAGACAUAUAAAGAUUUAUGGGAAAGAGGAUAUUAUGUAACAAAUGGAGAAAAAUUUGGAGGAGAUUUUUUAGCUUAUCCUGGAGAUCCCAUUAUGUUUCACUCCCAAUUCAUAAUUUUAUGUAAAGAUAAAAAAGAGGAAAUUCCAAUAACUGAACUUUCAGCACAGUGCCGGAUUGCUUGCCAUGUUCGAAAAACACAAGUAUACGCUUUCUUUUCUGAAAACCAAAUCAUAAAAUACCAAUCAUUCCAAUGGGCAGAAAGUGCUACAUUUGAAAAUGUUUAACAAUACUUGAAUAAUAUUAUAUGAUUAAACUUAUGAAAUAUUAGGAAACAAUCUUGGGUUCUUUUUAUUUAUAUUUUUGAUUUAUCAUCAGAAUAUAAGUACAAUAAAAAAAUUGUAUUUAAAGAGCAUCAAUUAAUACAAAUCUAUUAUCUUGUGGAUCAGGAAUAACAUUAAAAUGUUUUUUAUAUAUCACGGUGUUCAAUCUAUUAGCAUAGUGUGUUCUAGCCCAAAUACGGUCCACAUUUGGGUUAAUCUUCUCACAGGUGACAAAUACUUUUCCCUUUUCUAAAGCAUAUAAUGUACCAUCUUUACCAAAACCAACCUGUAAAACAAAUAAUUAAUACAUCUUUAUUUAGCAAAUAACAUAUAUUUGGCAUAUGAGUACAAUUCUUUUUUAUAUUUACAUAUAGUCCUGGAUGAAAUCGAGGUGUACGUUGUGUAGCUAAUAUUGUAGAUUUUUCUACAUAAUGUCCAUCUUGUACUCGCCAUCCUCUAUGUUUAGGCCUUGUACGAUCAGCACUGAUACGUGUACUACCACUAAAUUUUUUUGAUGCAUGCCUUACACAUACUAUUAAUAUAAAGAUUAAAAACAGUACCAUAUAGAAAUAGCAUCCACUUUAUA